AUGGAAAACGCAUUUGAAAACGUCGACACCGUCGUCGAGGAGGUGAUGGAAGACCUGAUAGCGGAAGUGGUUUCGGACUCGAGUAAUAUAGAGACGACCGUCCACUUGGUUCUAAAAGACAUCAUGGAAAUGGAAUUUGGACACCAAAAAAGAACACUGGAAACCGACACCGUUUCAGAGGAAUGCCGAGACAGACGGAUGGUCGCCAUCGUGGAUCAGUUGGUGGAUGCAAUGGUGCACCUAGUGUCCGAAAAGUUGUCGGCCGCGCCGCACGUACAGCCCGGAGACGGAAACGCUGUACUGCGGUGCGAGGAGGAAGAGGAAGAGAAGGAGGAGGAGGAGAAGAUGGCCACGAGUGGAGACUUUGAGGUCAUCUUGGACGGAGAAGCUCCGACCGAGGAUGGGGCGGAGAUCGACGAACCACCGGCAACACAAGCGGCAGUCUCUUCACGAGGGCGGGGACCAUUGUAUCCGGCAAUGAGCAGGCUACUCGCUUCGUGGGUACCAGUUGAAGAACGGGGUCGAUUAGGAUCUCUGGUAUUUGCUGGAGCACAAGUAGGUAACGUUGCUUCUAUGCAGUUGGGUGGCUUUCUUAUGCGGUACACCAACAGUUGGACCAGUGUAUUCUAUGCAUUCGGAGUGUUUGGAAUAUUUUGGCUGAUGUUCUGGUUCGUAUUGAUAUACAACCACCCAAAUCGUCAUCCAUUCAUCAGUCAAAAGGAAAAACAGUAUUUGAACAGGGCGAUUAACACCGUCGAUCCAGAAGAUGGCAAGUUAUCAAUUCCAUGGAAGAGUAUUGCAACAUCAGCACCAGUGUGGGGAUUGAUCAUUGUUCAGAUAGGUCACGAUUGGGGUUUGUUCACCAUAAUUACAGAUUUGCCAAAGUAUAUGAAGUCAGUGCUGAAGUUCUCAGUAGUCGAAAACGGUUUAUUGUCUGGCUUACCGUACAUAGUGAUGUGGUUGGUAGCUAUGGGUUCUGGUUUCAUAGUAGACUCAAUGUUAUCAUCCCAGUAUUUCACAGUGACUUGCAUCCGUAAAACAUUUGUAACUAUAGCUAGUGUAGGGCCAGCACUCGGAAUUGUUGCAGCAUCAUAUUCUGGAUGCGAUAAGGUGUUAGCAGUAGCUAGCUUCACGAUAGGUAUGGGACUUAUGGGUACUUUUGUACCCAGUUUGAAAGUCAAUGCCUUAGAUCUCAGUCCCAACUAUGCUGGGACAUUGAUGGCUAUUGUGGGAACAAUCGGAUGUUUGUCUGGAGUUAUUGCACCUUAUAUUGUCGGCAUUAUGGUUCCAAAUAGUUCUAUGGAAGAAUGGCGUGAUGUGUUUUGGCUGUCUGCUGCUAUACUAAUAGCCACCAACUUGUUAUUUUUACAAUAUGGUUCAGGAAAUGUACAACCAUGGAAUGAAAAGGCAAACCGCCAGUACAAGAGUAGCGAUAUUAAUAAUGAAAAUAAUACGGAUUCGAUACUAAAACCAUUGUAA